AUGCGGCUUACUCAAGGUCAUGCGCCGAGGCGCGGUCGAAUCAGAGGGAGCAAAGCCGAGAACCUACCUGAUCCUCCAACCAGUGCUGGCGAUCCCGUCCCCGAAAGGUUCAAGUCCAACAUUCUUCUGGGCGUGCUGGAGAAGCGCAAGAUCUACCGUUUUUGGUGUCAGGUGAGUUUCCAACUCUGGAUUACAUACGGCACGGGUGCCGGCAAGACCAGAACUAUGAUUGCGAUGCUCUACCUUCAGUGGGGAUUCUAUUUCAACGCGUCAAGCAAGGAUCUUGGGUCGGACGAUCUCUUCCGCCUGGCCGAAUUCAUUGACGGCAACACAUUAGACGAUUCAGCAAGCAUCAACACCCACUUUGCCAAAAGUGCUACUCUUUUGCUUCUCCUCUCUCGUCUCAUGAUUCUCAGCUACUGUCUGAAGGUCUCAGGCUGUCGCCAGACGUUUUCGAGUGCAAGAUGGGCCUUGCUCCAAGUUUGUCCCCACAUGUUCAAGGAUGUGUUCAUGCAUCUUUUCAUCAAGCUGCGCGAUCUGAUGAAAGGACGGGCACUCCUCGAAUCACACCUUGCGUCCAUUGUCCGCGAUGAGUUUGAGCUGUUGCAAGACAAGCCUGCUGCCCUUGAUUAUCCUAACUUUUCAAGUGACUCCAAGCUUCGGUUGGUCAUCGAUGAGGCCCAGCUCUUGAGCGACAAGAGCCCAACAUCGUUCGCGUCGUCAUUUACACAAGGUGAUCCAAGACCAAUCGGCGAUGACAUCAAGAGCUUGGAGGACAAGAUCGCCAAAAAUCCCGAACUCUUCACUUCAUGCUCUUCCAUCAAGGAGUCACUUGGGCUUUUCCUUUAUCGCCAUCGUCUCCUGGAUGCUCCUUCAACUAUGAUUAAGAAUGACAUGCAGCUGUUUGAGGCAGCAUUUGGUCGUAUCAACCUCUUUGGAGGUUCCGCAAGAACAGUUCUCGAUAGGCCCUUGGAGUUCAUGAAGGCGCAUGUUGAGAACAACUCAAAACAAGAUGGUCAAGAUGUCCCACCAUUCUACGUCCCAGCACCACAUGUUUCAGGACCUGACAUCAUUUUUUCAUCAGGAUCAAUGGAAAAGUCUCUCCGUGCUUCGUUCAACAUGGUGAUCGCCUACCCUGCCGAGGUUGUCAACUUUCAAGUCGUUCGUCCCGAUCCCAAGCCCGAGCUUGAGGGCCUUCAGCGCGUGUCGAUUGGGAUCGACGACAGGAACUUCCCAAGAUCUUUCCACGCCGUCAUGUCGAGUUUCUGGACACGCUGA